AUGGCACACGAGGACAUCAGCUAUUACCAGGGGCAGUACAAGGACAGGCUCCUGCCCCUGCUCAGGGAGCUCCGGGCCAAAGAGGAGGACUCCACAAACUCGUUUAUCUGCGUCCUGAAGAAGAUGAAAGAAGUGCGGCUGAUGGAGAAGGUUGUGGAAGAGACAGAGGAGGCCUUCACGGAGAGGAUGGAGGCCCUUGCUGAGCAAUGGAGGGACCUGCACGCCAGGAGGGCCCAGCUGAAAGCCCACGUGGUGACAUCUGGGACAACUGUAAAGGAGAAUGAAAGGCUGAGAACCCAAGCUCUGAAGAAAGCCAAAGAAGAGAAAGAGGAGAAUUCAAAAAAGGAGAGUGAGCUCUUGAGGGCUAGGGAGAAACUGGAAGCUCUCAGAAAACAGCACCAGAAAUACUCAAAAAAAUUGCUGAAAUACUCCCUGUUCAAGAGGUACCUGGAGAAUGUGGUGGAGAAUUCACAGUUCCGGGACAUCGAGGACAUCAUCUCCUACUACAAGGCCCUGCUAAGGACACGCAAGGACCUGCUGCAGUCCCAGUGGUGGUACCGACAGCUGAUGGAGCAGGGCAAGGUCCUGCAGCAGCAGAUCAGGGCAAAGAGGGAAGCUGAGAUGCUUCAGUGCAAGAAUGACCUGGUGCAGCUCAAAGAAUCUCUUGAGCAGGCUCAGAGCGACAUCCGCCAGUGGGAGGAUCACUGGGCCGAGGUCCAGGAGAGGGCUGCCGGGAAGGCCACGGAGCUGAAGUCCCUCACCAUGGCCAUCCACAGCCUCUUCCAGGCCGCCAGCGCACGGCUCCAGCCAAAGGGCAGGGUGGCAGCUGGGGACAGCCACAGGCAGCUGGACAUGAUCCAGCAGUUUAUCUACGACCUCCAGGACUUCACAGAGGACAUGAAGGAGCGCAGCCGACUUCUGUGA